CGUGUCAAUCGUAAAUCGAAGUACCUGAUUAAAAUGAAGUGUGAAAUUUUAUGAUUUUAUAACACUUGUUUUUGAGAUUUCUUUUUUUUUAAAGCACUUAUAAUAAUGACCACCGCUCUUAUAAAAGCUGAAUAUCCUUUACAUUGGUGUGUAUGGCAGAAUGAUCCAUCUGAGUUGCAGAAAGUUUUAGAUUCAAAAGUGCAUGACAUUGAGAAAAUGGACCCUCGGGGAAGAACCUCAUUGCUUUUAGCUGUGACAUUAGGCCGUCUUGAAUGUACUAGAAUCCUGUUAAAAUAUAAUGCUAAUGUUAAUGUUGAAAAUAAAGAAGGCUUUUCUGUGUUACAUGAAGCAAUUAGUACUGGAGAUCCAGAAUUAAUUCAAGAAAUUUUGGAAAGAAGGGAUUAUCAAAGAUACAGCAGUCGUGUUGGUGGUAUUCCUGAGCUUUUGAAAAGAAUUCGAGAUACUCCUGAUUUUUAUGUUGAGAUGAAAUGGGAAUUUACAAGUUGGGUGCCUUUAGUAUCUAGAAUGUGCCCUAGUGAUACUUAUAAAGUUUACAAGUCAGGUUCGAAUGUUAGAAUAGAUACCACACUACUGGGUUUUGAUCAGUCGAAUUGGCAACGGGGAAGCCGAAGUUAUGUUUUCAAGGGACAAGAUUACCAGGGUUUGAAAGCUAUCCGAUGCAACAGAAGCUACAUCUUUUCACUUCGUGGGUGUUCUGUCGAAGAUAGUGCUACCAUGAUGGAAAUUGAUCAUGAAUCUGGUCAAGUUUAUGUUGAGCAGAUGCGUGUGUUAACUCCCCAAAUGGACGACAUCCAUGCUUUCCGUCCUUCUGCAGAAUCAGUGUCAUCUCGCCUUACAACCCCUAUUGUGACCACAUUUGUUGACACUGAUAAAAUAAAUUUUGAAAGAAAUAAGAGUGGUAUUUGGGGCUGGAGAAGUGACAGAAAUGAAGUAAUAAAUGGUCAUGAAAGCAAGGUUUUUAGUGCAAAUAAUGUGGAAUUAGUUACCAAGACAAGAACAGAACACUUAACAGAAGCUGAUAAGAUUCGACAUAAAAGUUCACGAUCUCCUCUGCAGUCAUUGUUAGGCAUUGUUGAAGUUGAAGAAAAGACAGCUGUUCCUGCAAUCAAUGGUGAAAAUAAAGAAGAAUGGAGUGGCAAUCCAUGUCACAUCACUCCAGAAGAAUAUUUCAAUCCAGAAGUUGACUUAGAUGGUAGAGACAUAGGUCGCCCUAAAGAAAUAUCAACAAAAAUACAGAAAUUCAAAGCAAAUCUUUGGCUUUGUGAAAACUAUCCCCUCUCUCUUCCAGAGCAAAUCCUGCCAAUAGUUGAUUUAAUGGCUAUCAGCAGUACACAUUUUGCAAAAUUGAGAGAUUUUAUUACAUUACAACUUCCAGCUGGUUUUCCUGUUAAAAUAGAAAUUCCACUUUUUCAUGUUCUAAAUGCACGUAUUACUUUUGGAAAUAUUUUUGCACUUGAUGAAUCUGUUCCUGGAGUGACUCCUAUAAAAGAAGAUAAAGCUGUAGCCUGUGUACUAGAUGAUAGUUGUUUUGAAGUACCUCCUGGAUAUGUACGAUUAGGUUCUGAUGCUCUUCGUCCUCUGAGCAUUGAUGAAGAUGAUGAACUCCUUCAGUAUGCUAUUCAACAAUCACUUAUGGAAGCUGGAAGUGAAGAAGAUCAGGUGACAAUAUGGGAGGCUUUGCGAGCUCAAAAACCUAAUGAAAAUGGAGAAGAAGAUGAAAGUUUACAAAAAGCUAUUCAAGAAAGCCUCUCUUCUAAUCCCGCACCACCUACAAUCACCUCACCCAUGGACACUUACAGAACAAGUGAGGAAUCUCAACUGGAAAUUGCUCUGAAACUGUCUCAGCAAGCUCAAGAAGACGAGGAGAAGCAGCUUAGGGAAGAGCAGGAAAUGUUAGAAAGAGCACUACAGCUGUCAUUAGCAGAACAAUAAAAGUGUUUACAUUUUCACGUUAGAAACUGCUAAUUUGUAAUGAUAUUCCAAGUUAAAUAGUUAAUAUUCAUGCUUUCCAUGGUUAAAAGAAUUAAAAAGGAGCUUGAUCUGUAGAAAGCAUUUUUAAGGAGAAUAAAUUUGAAGCAUUCUGUAAAGUUUCAAGGAUUAGGAUCAAGUUGCAUAAAUUUAUACCUGAAUUUUGUACUGCUGGAAUUUUUAUAUUUACUGAUGCUGUGUUUUUCUUACUUAAGAGAUGCAUGAAGGUCACCUAACAUUUUAAAGUUAACAGUGAGUAUGUGGUAUUUGUUUCCAAGUUCCAGCCUAUUUAUUAUUUUUAUAUACCCAUAACCACUUUUGAAAUACGUUUUUGUAAGUGUGUAUUAUAAGAAACUAUGUGCUAAAGUGAACUGGAGAAAAUGAACCUGCAAAGCAUACCUGUGGUUUGAAAUAUGCAUAUGGAAAUUUUUUGGAAUAUAGUGUAAGUGGUGGAAGUUUAAUUGAAAUUUUUUUCCCAAUCUCUGAUCCAAAAUAAUGCUGCAUUCUUUACUUUAAAAGUUCCCAAUUGUAUUGUUGCCAUAUUUUCAUUCUUCCUAACAGGUGCUAUGUAUUUUUUCAUUUAAAGAAAAAUAUUUUGGUUGCAUAAUAAUUAUAUUAUGUUUAUGUUUCUAAGGUGGCGAAUGUUUUUAAAAGCAUUCUAGUUAAUCUUAACCCAAAAAUAAUUAUUAUUGUAAUUUAUAUGAUACAAUUAAUUCAUGUUUUUGAAUUUGUUAAAAAAAGUACUAAAUAUUCUGAAAUUGUUUCUGGAAGUAUGUUUUUUUUUUCUUCCCCCUUUCUUUCUCUCUCUCUCUCUCUCUCUCUUUAAGUAUAGCAAAAUAAUUCUUUCUUUCAAAAAUUUUUUACUCUAAUUUUUGAAAAAUUAUUGAAUUAAUUCUUGAAUUUGAAUUUAUUUCUUCAGCAAGUGAAUUAGAAAUUUUACCCAACUUGCAUUUUAAUAUUUUCAUUUUUUAUUUAAUAGCUAAAUCAAAUUAAAAACCAAUUUCAAGUUUUUA